GCUAUCCGAACAGCGGCGGUUUCCAGUGCAGAUGUGAGGACCAGUAUCGUUGGUCAUGUGGCCAGUGUUUAAUGUAUGGGUCUUGUGACAACAUCACAAAUAACACAUGUGGAUGCAUCAAUGCCAUUCCUCCUGAUGGACAGUACUGCCAGUCUGUUGACCAAUACAACUUUACAGCUUGUCCUUUUACAACCACAACUCCACCAUCACCAAAUUCAACACCUGCCACACAAGAUAUGAACACUACAACAGCUGCAACACCGACACCAAUUAUAACAAAUUCAACAACAGAUGUGAACAUGACAACGCCAGUUGUAACAAAUUCAUCAACAGCUGUGAUCACAACAGAGGUUUCCACAACACCCAUGACAAUUAUAACAAAUUCAACAGCUGUCACCAUAACAGAAAUGAACACUACUGCAACUGCAACACCAACACCAACAGCAAUUGUAACAAAUUUGACAGACAACAGUACUAUACCUACAGCUGUACCAACAACUGCAGUUACCAAUUCAACACAUAUUGCUACAGCAGUUUUAAACACUACAAUAACAACAUUUGUAACAAAUUCAACACCUGUUGCCACAACAAAUGUGAACACUACAACAACAGCUCCAACACCAACAACGGCUGUGACAAAUGCAACAACAAUUGCUACAACAGAUGUGAACACGACAACAGUUACCACAACACCAACAAUUGUAACAA